AUGGAGUGCCCUGUAUGUCUUAACAAUUGGAGCUUAGAAGCUACAAUUCCUAAAAUCCUUAAAUGCGGCCACAGUUUCUGUCAAGCCUGUAUCCAUCAACUGUGCCGUAAUUCUCAGAUUUCCUGCCCAAGUUGUACAAAUCCUCAUAUUUUUACUAUAUCUAAGCAUCCAAAUGAGAGCGACUUAGAAUUUAAUCUCCGAUGUAUCGAGUCCCUUCCUCAGAAUUUUACCCUUCUAAGCCUCCUCAAUUCUAAUCAUACACCUAUAGUCCGAAGAACCAAAAAAUUGGGGUCAAAUAGAGAAUUCCGAUACGGAAUGAAAUGUCAGGAGCAUGGGCUCUUGAUCCACUCAUAUACAGCCAAACCAUUUAGCUUGCUUUGCGAUACAUGUAUAGAAGAAAUUUCCUCCUAUAAGCUGCUAGUUCAUCCUUUUCCACAAGUUGUCGAAAAGGCGAGGGAAGAUUUGAAAAAAACAAAAGAAGUGCUACAGAAAAAGAAAGAAAAAUUUUUUGGGCAAAAAUUUGAAAAUUUCACUAACUGGGCUGCAAUAAAUAAACCAGAAAAUUAGUAAAUAAGUGUCCUAUUUUAUAUAUAAAUAAGAAAUUAAUAUAUAUAUAAUUAAUAAAUGCAAGCAAAUAAAGUAUAAUAAAUCACAAGGAUUAAUGCAACAGUUUGAAGAACAUUUUCAAGCAUUAAAAAUCAAUCUAAAUCAAAUUGCAGUUUCAUCAAAAAUUAAAUUACAAAAUUUUAUAUCUAGAAAUGAGCAAGAAAAUAAAGUCACUGUAGAUUUAAUCAGCAAAAGCUCUGAAACCAUUGAGAAACUAACAGAAAAUCUAACUUCACUUAUGGAGAAAAAUGAUGGAGAGUUAGUUAAGUCUUAUAAAGAAGUACUAAAACUUGUAGAAGGUUCAGAAUCCCCAUUGCCUGAGCUUUCUUCCCAAUUUGUAAACACCAGUAUCCACUUCGACCCUGCUUCGCUUCGAACUUUUGAAGAAAUUAUUCAAAACUCUUUUUCCUUCAAAUUCAAACAAGAACAAAAAUUCACCUGAAAUUGUCCAAAAUGCUCACUCCCCCCCUCCGUGAGUGAACAAAACCAUUAGAAAAAUCCCUAUUUUUUGCCCAAAAACCCACCUCCGUGAGUGAACAAAAAUUUUUUUAAUAGAAAAAUUUUUUAUGGAAAAAAAAUUUGAUAUAUAAAUGAUAAUUAGUAUAAUGAAAUCUAGAGCUAAUUCUGUUUAAUUUUAAACGAAUUGCUAUUUAAAACAUAAAUUUUAUAAAUUAAAUUAAUAUUUGCUUUCCAAUUUUUGUGAAUUAGGAUUUUUUUAAAUUUCUAUGUAAAUGUUUUUUUAAAACAAAAAACUAAUCCCCCUCCGUGAGUGAACAAAAUUUUUUUGUUCACUCACGGAGGGGGGGGCCAGGAAAAAUCCCAGACGGCGAAAUUCUGUGCACAAAUUGUGAAUUUUUCCGCCCAAUAGAAAGUUACCCUAAUAUUAUUAAUAACCCAAAUAAUGCCACUCAGCAAGAAAUCAUUGAAAUUCAGAAACGGAGAGAAGUUGAGCUAGAAAUGAUAAGCGGCCUUGAUGUCCAAGCAGAAGACCAAGGAAUUUGGUAUAUAAUAAACGCUGACUGGGUCGCAGAUUGGAAAAAUUUUAUAUUUAAUAAGCCAACACGAAGCUCCAGAUAUGUUUCUCUAAAUGACAAACUUGGAGUCCUCCCACCUGGUCCUAUUACAAAUAAUAAGUUAUUUGUAAAUCCUGAAAAUCCGGCUGAUAUUAAGGCGAAAUUGAAGCCAGUUGCCCAUUAUAGAGGAGUUAAUGAAAAUGUGUGGAAGUUGUAUAUAAAAAUAUAUGGAGGAGGUCCUGAAAUUGUGAGGAAAAAAUUGAAUAUUUAUGAGGAAACUGCGCCUUCUUCGUCUGUUUAA